AACAUCAGCACAGCUGUUUCAGAGAAUGGCAUGAACUAGUCAUCAGAAUUAAAGCUGAAAAAGAAAAAGUGUUUCAGUUUCAGGUCUACUCCUACACUCUGUUGGUGAAGCAUCUGUUCUAUAAAUGGAAAGACUCCUAUAAUACAAGGCUUCUAGUUCAUGAAAAAAGACAAGUAUUCAUUGAACAGAGAGCUUUACGUUUAGCCAUUCACUGGAAGGAGAAAGCUCAAACUUCAAGAGGACUAAGGCUGAAAGAUUCCUUUGAAAAAAGACUGGCAUCUCGUUGUCUCCAUGCAUGGAAGCUGUCACUGACACGUGUACAAUCUUUGUACACUUUAUUAGAUGGUUGGUCCCAGCGCAAGAAUACAAGUUUAUUCAAACAUUAUCUGCGUACCUGGAAAACACAGCUGAUCACCAACAGGGCUAGGAAACUGUACACAUAUCGUGUAUUGUACACAGUCAUGACUGAAUGGAGACAUUUUAUCAAAUUAAACAGAGAGAGACGGAUCCGAGGGCUGGCACUAAAGAAAGCUCUGCAAGAGAGAAGUCUUCAUGUUUACUUCCAGUACUGGAUCGCUGUAACUAGGGUCAAAAUGUCUGUCCAACAAAAUGUUGAGAUGAAACUUUUGAUAAGAGUGUUCAGAUCAUGGAGAAACUACUCCCACAAGCACCACUUCCUCAGGCAGAUGCAGAGCCAUGUGAGUCACCAUGUGAACCUCAGAAUUCUGGAACACGCCUUUAUGAACAUGCGUUUGAAAGCAGAGUACUGUACAAGCCUGACUGAGAUAGCUGAGGAAGUCUUACACAACAGAGAACAGGCCACUAUGAGGGCUGUGAUUGUUCUGUGGAAAGACAGACUUAAUGCAGUUCUUGCUUCCAGAUGCUACAAAAAUAUCCUAGUGAUAAGAGUGGUCAGAAGAUGGGAAAAAUUCAUCCAUAGGAAGCAGACUGAGAGAGAACAUGAGAAAGAAAACUGGGAUAAAGCCAUUAAAUUACACAACAUGUUUUUGUGCAGAAAAGCCAUUCUGGCAUUGAAAGAAGAGAUGGCAGUGGUACAUCAAGUUAAAAAAAAGAAACAACUCAUCUGUGACAGAUAUGCCAAAAUUUGGAAGAACAAAGUUGAUCUGUCUGUGACAGCUGUUUGUUUGGAGCAAGAGUUUGUUCAAAAAAGGGCUUGGAUGAAGUGGAGACUCCAGUUGGCCAAAGUAAAAUCAAUCAAUCAAAUUACAAGGAAGUUUGAUCAUCAUACAUUAUCACAGGUUUUUAAAGCAUGGAAAAAACUUUGUACUCCUAGGAUGUUUCAAAUACCAAAUUUAGCUGUAUGAAAAUAUACCCUGAACUCAAACUAUUUAUGAACAAUUUUUUAAUCACUCAGCAUUUACAAUAUUCAACCCAAGCAGAGUGGUUGAAGGGUGCUUGAAAGAAUUGGAUUUCUCGUUUGUACUACUGUGAUACAUUUUUUCAGUGAUGAUUGUAUUUAAAUAAUGUAAGAAAAUUUUUAGGGUUAUCUAACAUGGGUGUGCUCGUUAUGUUACUGAAGGCCUCUGAACUUAGAAGAUGAGUAUUUUAUUUCUAAUAAGAAUUUCUCCUCAAAGAUUUGCCAAGUUUCAUUAUGUUGUAUGAAUAUUGGUCUAUGCAGCCUGUAUUUUAAUUUUGUGGUGUUCUAUGCGUUUGCCCAUCUGGACAAAAACAGAAAAACUGGAUCAAACUGUCUCUAUGAAUUGAGACUAAUCACCAUCUUUCCCUUCACAAUGUAAAAUGCAUUAAAUAUAGUGCCUGUCAUUGUUGUUUUAUCUUUAACUUUCAAAUGUUUAUUUGUUAAUCUACUGUUUUUGUAAUUAAAAUGAUAUAAAAUUUGAAAUUAUUUUUUGUAACCAAACAUAUGUAAUAAAAAAAUAACUUAUGAAACACUUUUUAAAAUAUAUGUAUCUACACAAACAUAUUGUAGAGCCUGUAUAUGUGAUAAAAUUUUAAGUGUGGAUUUAAGUAUUCAGUACUGAUUUUGCUAACAACAUCUUAAGAUUAUUCUAAAGCAUUUUACAAUAUUUUGAUGUGUAUUAAAAGAUAUUAAAUAAAACCAAAUAGUUUUA